AUGCAGUUCAAGACUCUUCACCUCCUCGCCCUGGCCAUUGCCGCCCAGUCGGCCAACGCCCAGCUCAGCGCCGAUGCCAUCUCCGCCAGCCUGAGCGCUCCCACAUCGGCCUCGACCGCUUCUGCCGCGACUGGUGCUGCGGUUGACAAGGUUCCCGAGAUGCUUGCUCACUUCCGCGACAUGGUUCACGACGCCAUCAUCGGCGCCAAGCCCACAGCUGCCGCUGCUUCAUCAGCUGCCUCCGCUGCUACGUCAGCUGCUGCCGCUGCCGCGACCGGUCUGACCAACUCGACCGUCCCUCUCACAGGUGGUGCUGCCAUGAACAAGACCGCCCACGCCGCUCGCAUGGCCCCCGGCAGCGGUGCCAUGAACAUCACAAAUUCCACCACACCCAUGAAGCCCGCCAACAACGGCACGCUCUCGGCCGGCAAGCGCGGGAUCCUGCCCUCUGGUGAUGCUGUUGGCGAUGCCGUUGGUGCUGCCACUUCUGCCGUCAGCUCCGCUGCUGGCCCUCUCGAGAGCACCCUCGGUGGUGCCAAGAACGGCACUCUUCUUGCCCGCAAAGCCAUGAACUCUACUGAGAGCGCCACUUCUUCGAGCGCCGCUUCCAGCUCUGCUACUUCCGCUGAAAAGCGCGGCAUUCUGCCUACCGGUAACCCUCUUGGCGAUGCCGUUAGCGAUGUCGUCGGUGGUGCCACUUCCGCCGUCGCUGGCCUUGGCCUCAGGAACGCCAUGGGCUCUACCGAGAGCGCUGCCUCUAGCGCUACCUCUUCAGCAGCUAAGCGUGAUAUCCUGCCUACUGGUGGCGUCGUUGGCGAUGUCGUCGGUGCCGCCACCUCGGCUGUCAGCUCCGCCGCUGCCCCUCUGGAGAGCGCCGCCGGAGGUGCUAAGAACGGCACCCUGGCUGCCCGCAAGGUCAUGAACUCUACCGAGAGCGCUACUUCCAGCUCUGCUACUUCCUCUUCUGCCGCUAAGCGCGGAGUCUUGCCCACUGGCGGUGCGGUUAGCGAUGUUGUCGGUGCUGCCACCUCGGCUGUCAGCUCUGCUACUGGUCCUCUUGAGAGCACCGUCGGUGGUAUCCUCGGUGGUGCCAAGAACGGCACUCUUCUUGCCCGCAAGGCUAUGAACUCUACUGAGAGCGCCACCUCUGCUUCUUCCACUGCUACCUCCGCUGAGAAGCGUGGACUCCUGCCCACCGGUGAUGUUGUUGGCGAUGUCUCCAGCGCUGCUACUUCUGCCACGUCCUCUUCCGCCGCUAAGCGCGGAAUCCUGCCCACUGGUGGUGCUGUUGGCAACAUUGUUGGCGCCGCCACUUCUGCCGUUGGCUCUGCUACUGGUCCCCUCGAGAGCACCGUCGGCGGUGUCCUCGGCGGUGCCAAGAACGGCACUCUUCUUGCCCGCAAGGCUAUGAACUCUACUGAGAGUGCGACCACCUCUGCUUCUUCCACCUCUGCUACCUCCGCUGAGAAGCGUGGACUCCUGCCCACUGGUAACGUUGUUGGCGAUGUUGCCAGCGCUGCUACCUCUGCCGUCAGCUCUGCUACCGGCCCUGUCGAGAGCACUCUGGGCGGCGUCCUCGGUGGUGCCAAGAACGGCACUAUUCUUGCCCGCAAGGCCAUGAACUCUACUGAGAGUGCGACCACCUCUGCUUCUUCCACCUCUGCCACCUCCGCUGAGAAGCGUGGACUCCUGCCCACCGGUGAUGUUGUUGGCGAUGUCUCCAGCGCUGCUACUUCUGCCACGUCUGCUGCCAGCUCUGUUGAGAAGCGUGGACUCCUUCCCACCGGUGAUGUUGUUGGCGAUGUCUCCAGCGCUGCCACUUCCGCCGUCAGCUCCGCCGAGAAGCGCGGUGUCCUCCCUACCGGCGAUGCUGUCGGCGAUGUCUCCAGCGCUGCCACUUCCGCCGUCAGCUCCGCGGAGAAGCGUGGUGUUCUUCCCACCGGCGAUGCCCUGGGCGAUGUCUCCAGCGCGGCCACCUCCGCCGGCCCUACUGUCAGCGGUCCCUCCAGCUUCAUGACGAUGCUUGCCCGCAAGGCUACCACCAGCUCUGCCGCCACCACCAGCAGCGCUUAA